AUGGCGACCAUGGCCGCGGCGCCCACGGGCGACCACGUCGACGAGAACGACGCCUGGACCAUCGCGUUCCGCGCUUUGAGCGCGUUCCCCGGGACGGCCUGCGCCAUGCUCCGCGAGGCCGGGUUCACGGCCGACGACCUCCGGCGCCAGGCCUCCCACGAGCUCUGCAGCCGCGGCGACACGCUGCUGACGCGCGCGGCGAGAUUGGGCCACAUGGAGGCGGCGACGACGCUGUUGGACCUGGGCGCGGACCUGGAGUGGCCCACGCGCGCGACGGACCUGAGCCCUCUGCAGGUCGCGUGCCACUGCGGCCACGCGCAGGGCAGGAAAAGGGUGAUUCAAGUUCGCUUCAACAUGAGCCACGCGGAUCUGGUCGCGUACUUCCUCCGGCGCGGCGCGUCGAUCACGCGGCGCAACAACCGGGGCCUCUCCGCCGUGUCCACGGCCGUGCACACGCCGGACGUGCGCUGCCUCGACAUCCUCGCGCACGCGGGCGCGGAUCUGGCGAGCCGGGGCCUGGCCCGGGGCAACACGCUCGCGCAGUCGGCCGCGUCGCGGGGGAACCUGAACGCGCUGGCCUACCUCGCGUCGCGGGGCGUGAACCUCUUCGAGCGCGACUUCCGGGGCCUCUGCUCCCUGGACGCGGCCGCGAAGCAGCGCAACGCGGUCAACGGGGCCGGGCCCAACGCGACUCUGGACUUCCUCUACGAGGUGCUCCGCGUCGGCGGCUCCGCGGCGUCCAUCGCCUGGACGCGGCACGUCCGCGCGGCGCGGCGGCUGCCCCUGGUCGUCAUGCGCGCGCUCGUGGUCCGCGGCCGCGCGGUGCCCGCGCCGCCGGCGGACGACGGCGGCGACGGCCUCCGCCGCGUGCUCGUCUUCCUCACGUCGGCGCUGGACCCCGGCGGCGGGUCGCCGACGUCGCGCCGGGCGCCGCCGCCGGCGCACCGCGCGCGGCCGCCGGACGCGCGCGCCGCGCCGCUCCGCAAGGCGCCCGCGCGCGCGGCCGCGGCGGCCCACUGCACGACCGGGCCCUUCCGCCACGUCGUCUCCUUCCUGCCUUGGGGCUGCCCGUCCAUGGGCAUGGCCGACUGCCCCGAGGAGGCGGGGGCGCUCCCGGCGACGCCGACGGAGGACGCGAAGGCGCAGCAGAAGUUCCGGCAGCUCAAGGCCUACACGCGGGACCUCCUCAAGAGCCACGACCGCACGGUCCAGGAUUUGGAGGAGACGCGGGCGGCCCUGGAGCGCUGCCGGGGCGACCUCGCCUGCGAGCGGGCGACGAGCGAGGACCUGGCGCGGGAGCUCGAGGAGCGGACGCGGGACAACGUCGAGCGCCUCGCGGCCUACGGCCGGCGGCCGGCGGACCCCGAGCACACGGCGCCCGACGACGACGCGCACCACGACUCGUCGAGCGACGUCACGUCGCUCGACGCGGGCAAGUGCGAGCUCUACGGCGAGCUCCUGGCCGCGCGGCGGCGCUGGGCGCGCGCCGAGCGCGCGAACCGCCAGCUCCGCGACAUGCUCCGCAUGUCGUCGGAGCUGCGUCACGUCGACGUCGCCGCGCGGCGCCGCGGCAGCGGCCGCGACAUCACGCGGGCGCUGCGGCGCCUCGCGCGGCGCGGCGGCGCCGGCGACCGCGACGAGGAGUCGGACCCGUCCGACGACGACUUCGGGUCCGACGGCGGCGGGGCCGCGCCCGCCGCGCGGCCCCCGCGGCGCGCGGCGCCCGACGCGCGCGCGGCGAUCCUGGAGGGCGUGCGCGCGAACCACUCCUGGAGCCUCGACAACCUCGACGCGCUCCACGGCGAGCCGCCGGCGCCGCCGUCGCUCAAGGCGCGCGGCGACGCGCUCCUCGACGGCGCAAACGCCGGCGCCGCGGCGCCGGACCCGCGGCGCGACCUCGCGGCCCUCGACGCGGCGCGGCUCGCGGCGCGCGUCGCGGGCCUCGGCGCGGCCUACGGCGCGGCGGCGCCGGGCCUCGAGUCCCACGGCUGCGACGGCAAGUUCCUCGCGUCGCUGCCGCACCGGGAGCUCGACGAGACCCUCGCGGACCUCGGCUUCGACCGCCUCAUGCGCCGCCGCAUCUACUUCGACCUCGACCUCGACCUCGCCCUCCUCGACGCGCCGAACAAGGAGCCGGGCUAAGCGUGGGGGUCGAGAGGCGGCGGCUCGAGAAGCGGCAGUGCGAGGCCGAGGACCGACUUCCACGGGCGACGCGCGGCGAGGCCUGCGGCAAGG